UGCCAAUGUUGUAAUCACUUAUGGUGAAAAUGAUGACAUGCCUUUUCUUAGAAUGUUGCCAUUUGGUUCAGAAUAUGAAGAAGUGCCAAUGAAGAGAAAAGAUAAAGUUUGGGUCAUGCCAGCACAGAUGGAAUUCACAUCACUCCGCUUUCAAAGAUACAGGGGACUGGAUUUCAUCCAUGGUGCACUAUCAUUGGCAAUUUCCUCAAAGGAAAUAUUAGGGUUUAAGAAAUUUAUUCAGAUGAGAAAGCCUUCUUCUUCAGAAGAGGACAGUUUGACAAGAGUGUUUUGGGAAGAUGCAUUUGAAUGUUCUUUCCCAAAUGCUGGGUUAGAUGAGGACAGUGACAAUCAAUGCACUGGUGAGGAGUCACUGGAAACCCUCCCUGAAUCUGUGAUUGAAUCUAGUAUUACUGGACAAAGUUAUAGCAUUUACAAUGCUGUCUAUGCAGUGGCCCAUGCUCUACAAGCCAUUCUUUCAUCUAAGAGCAGAAAAAGAGGAAAUAUUUGGGAACUCAGUCAACAGUCGUGGCAGUUCCAUUGGUAUCUGAAAGCUGUUUCAUUUAAUAACAGUGCUGGAGAAAUGGUUCACUUUGACGAAAGAGGAGAGCUACCUACUGGAUUUGAUGUUAUCAACUGGGUCACCUUCCCCAACCAAUCAUUUCAUCGUAUCAAAAUUGGAACCAUAGUUCCAGUGACUCCCUCUGAAAAUCUUCUUACUCUUUAUGCAGAGGAGAUCAUCUGGCCCCCCAUGUUUAACCAGGUAGUUUUGGCACCAAUAUCAAACCAUGGUGAAUAAUUUACUUUAUUUUUACCUACUGCUUCAAUGUUCAGAAAGUUCUUUCA